AGGAGCAGUAAGGAGAAGCCGUAACUGGCAGCUGUGCCGAUGCCGUCCCUGUCCCCACACUCAGCAGCCUCUCCUGGGACCUGCAGGUGACCCCACCUCUCACCAUGAGAACCAUGUAGAGGCCGCCGGCCUGCCCUCUGCAGGAUCUCACUCUUAAGCUUGAACUUUUCGUUUCCUGUCCCUUCCCUCGAAGCCAGGGGUCCUGACUGCAGCCCCCGGACACUGACUGGUUGCACUGGCUGCCUGAGGCCCUCUGGGAUCUCCUGCCUUCUAGGUGCCCGAGAUCGGGGCAGGUCAGCCACAGGUCCCCAGCUCCUGGCGGCUGCAGAGCGCGGCUAUAAAUGCUCGUGUCCAGGUGGAGGGUGUGCCUGUGGAUCGAGAGCUGUGGCCCCGGCCAGCCAGCCCCUGCUGCCCUGGAGGCCCCAGAAGCGUGGGACGUGCGGAGAUGGCCGCUGGUGUGAUCCGGACCCUGUGCGACUUCCAGCUGCCCCUGCUGCGCCACCACCCCUUCCUGCCCUCAGAUCCAGAGCCCCCGGAGACUUCGGAGGAGGAAGAGGAGGAGGGGGGGGAGGAGGAGGAGGAGGGGGAGGAGGGGGAGGAGGAGGAGGGGGAGGAGGAGGGCGAGGGGCUGGAGGGCUGCAGCCAGAUCCUCCCGAACUCAGGCCAGGCAGAGGCCGCGGAGGAGGCAGCCCCUCAGGGUCCCAGCAGCCCCGAGAUGCCGCUGCAGCUACUACGCUUCUCAGAGCUCAUCAGCGACGACAUCCAGCGGUACUUUGGUCGCAAGGACAAGGCGCAGGACCCAGAUGCCUGCGAUGUCUACGCCGACAGCCGCCCAGCCGGCAGCACAGCCCGGGAGCUCUACCACGCGGACCUGGUGUGCCUGGCCCGAGGCGGGUCCCUGGAGGACGAGCACACCCCGGAGCCCGGGGUCUCCCGAGGGCAGGUGCGCAGGCCGGGCCUCAGCGGGGACAGGGCGCAGCCCCUGGGACCCCUGGCCGAGCUCUUUGACUACGGGCUGCAGCAGUACUGGGGGUCCAGGGCGGCGGCCAGCUGGAGCCUGCGGCUGGAGCGGAAGUACGGCCACAUCACCCCCAUGGCCCAGAGGAAGCUGCCCCCGUCCUUCUGGAAGGAGCCGACCCCUAGCCCCCUGGGCCUGCUGCACCCUGGCACGCCCGACUUCAGCGACCUGCUGGCCAGCUGGUCGGCCGAGGCCUGUCCUGAGCUGCCCGGCAGGGGAACCCCAGCCCUGGAAGGGGCACAGCCAGCCGAGGCCUAGCGAGGCACUGGGGUCGGAGUCAGCUGGCGGCAGCGGGGCCGCCCCUGAGGCACUGGACUCUCUUCCCGUCCUCCUGGUAACAGCCUCCUCCAUCCCUCCUUGGAGAGGCAGGAAGAGGGGCCCACUGCCUGACCGAGACAGCAGACAAGGGCUGUCUCCUCCACAGAUGCUGGAAGGUUCUUCCACGGCAGGGUGCUGGGCUGGAGUGGCUCUGAGGCAGAGCCAGAGAGCCCCAGACCAGGGAGCUUCCCCGGGUCCUCCUCACAACCCGGGCAGGGUGGCUCACUGGGGGUCCUGGCGGGGGCAGGCCUAGGUGCUUCUGGGCAGGCCCCAGCCCAGCCCCUUCCACCCCAGGGGGCUCUGGCAGCCCUAGGGGGCCUGGCAGGGAAGGAGAGGGGCUGCUGAAGUGCUAGGAAAAGCAACAGCCUGAAGCCAGGCUGGGCUUGGGCAUGACAGGGAGAGUUGUGGGGCUCAAGAGACUGGCUCCCUCCAGCCUUGGGCACCCCCGCUGCCCGGGGCCUCGCCACCCCUCUCACCCCACAGGCCCUGGGGAGGCUGUUCACUGGCACGCAUCGGGGAACCUCAGCUCUAAUGAGUACAA